AUGAUCGUUGAGGAACUCUACAAGGGUGGCGUUCUGAAGUUCACCUGUGGAGCUGGCCUGAUCCGAACUGGUCCUGAGACACUCAUGUGUGACGGCACUAAGUGGAAUGACCAACCUCCUAAAUGCAUAGAGGGGACAACACUACAGUGUGACUUCGAGGAUCCGGCUCUGUGUGGCUGGAGCCAAGACUUCGAUGAUGAUUUUGACUGGAUCUGGCAUACUGGAGAGACUCCGACUGCUCAGACCGGACCUCGCUACGAUCACACAACCAGUACAUCUGAAGGACACUACUUGUACAUGGAAUCAUCCGCCCCUCAGGCAUCCGGCCAGAAGACCAGACUCCUCUCUCCGCCAUACUCGCCAGAAAAUAUGAUCAACAUGUGCCUGGAAUUUUACUAUCACAUGAAUGGACCAGAUGGAGUUGGUGAGGUUGGAGAGUUGGAUGUUUACGUCAAGCCUCUCACACAAAAGACUGCUAUGCUAGACCCGUCUCAGAGAAUUUUCCACCAGGAAGGCAACCAUGGCGACCAGUGGCUGUCAGCUAUAGUACAGCUUCCCUACCUGGCAGAGACUUUUCAGAUUGUUAUCCAAGCCACACGCUUGAAAAGCUGGUCCGCAGACAUCGCUAUAGAUGACGUCAGACUCCACAACUGUGUCGAAG